AUGCUGCUCUCUUGGGCCCUGGGCUUUCUCCUGCUGGCCACAGUUGCAGGGAAGGAGAUCUGCUACCCACCCUUUGGCUGUUUUUCCGAUGAAAAGCCAUGGACUGGAAUCUUGCAGCGGCCUCUGAAGAUGUUUCCCUGGUCUCCCAAAGAGAUUAACACCCGAUUUCUUCUGUACACAAAUGAGAAUCCAAACAACUUCCAACUGAUCAGUGUCACGGACCUAAACACCGUCGAGGCUUCAAACUUCCACAUGAGCCGCAAGACACGCUUCAUCAUCCAUGGCUUCAUAGACAAGGGGGAGGAGAGCUGGCUGACGGACAUGUGCAAGAACAUGUUUAAAGUGGAGCAGGUGAACUGCAUCUGCGUGGACUGGCGACGAGGGGCGCUGACUGCGUACACCCAAGCGGUGCACAACAUCCGGGUGGUGGGCGCCGAGGUCGCCUACCUGAUACAAGCGCUGUCGACAGAGCUGGGCUACCGCCUGGAGGACGUGCACAUCAUCGGCCACAGCCUGGGCUCGCACGCGGCGGGAGAGGCGGGCAAGCGGCUGGGCGGCAAAGUAGGCAGGAUCACAGGGCUGGACCCCGCAGAGCCAUGUUUCCAGGGUGCACCCGAGGAAGUUCGGCUGGACUCCUCCGACGCCAUGUUUGUGGAUGUGAUUCACACGGACGCUGCUCCCAUCAUCCCUAACCUCGGGUUUGGAAUGAACCAGAAGGCAGGCCACCUGGAUUUCUAUCCUAAUGGAGGAAAGCAUAUGCCUGGAUGUCAGAAAAAUGCCCUUUCGUCCAUCAUCGAUAUAAAUGGACUCUGGGAAGGAACCCGGAACUUUGUGGCUUGCAAUCACCUAAGAAGCUACAAGUACUACUCAAGCAGCAUCCUGAACCCCGACGGCUUCCUGGGCUACCCGUGUGCCUCCUACAAUGAGUUUGAGCAGAAUAACUGCUUCCCUUGUCCUGAUGGAGGAUGCCCCAAAAUGGGUCACUUUGCUGACCAAUUUCCAGGGAAAACCAGUGCUGUGGGACAAGCCAUUUUCCUGAACACAGGAGGGAGUGGUAAUUUUACUCGUUGGCGAUACCGGGUAUCAGUCACACUGUCUGGAAAAAAGAAAGUGAGUGGCUACAUCAGGAUUGCUUUAUAUGGAAGCAAUGGAAACUCAAAACAAUAUGAAAUUUUCAAAGGCUCCCUCAAGCCAGAUGCGAGUUAUAUGAAAGACAUUGAUGUGGACCUCAAUGUUGGCAAAAUUGAGAAGGUUAAGUUCCUCUGGAACAACCACAUCAUAAAUCUCUUGCAGCGUAAAUUGGGGGCUUCCCAAAUCACAGUGCAAAGAGGUGAAGAUGGGACUGAGUAUAAAUUUUGCAGCAGUGACACUGUGAAAGAGGAUGUCCUGCAGUCUCUUCAGCCCUGUUAAAAAUGUGGUGCUGCUCUCAUAUCUCUGUGGUAAUAAAUGUUUAAUGCCCUUGGUUUGA